AUGGGACCAUUUAGCGGAAUAAUUCAAGAUGUCAAAGGAAGAGUUAAGUGCUAUAAACAAGAUUGGGCUUGUGCAAUCUGUUCUGGCGCUAGGAUACUUGCUCCAACUUUCUACAUAUUCUUCGCUUCUGCUCUUCCUGUUAUUGCUUUUGGAGAGCAACUUUAUAGGGAUACAGAUGGAAGUUUGAGCACAGCGGAAACACUGGCAUCAACUGCUAUUUGUGGAAUUAUCCAGUCUAUAUUUGGUGGUCAACCUUUAUUGAUUCUAGGUGUUGCUGAACCAACUGUUAUAAUGUACACUAUUCUAUUUCAAUUCUGCAAGGAUAGGCCAGAACUAGGUGCCAAGCUCUUUUUGCCUUGGGCUGGUUGGGUUUGUGUAUGGACAGCAUUCUUGCUUAUAAUGCUUGCAGUUUUUAACGCGUGCACAAUUAUCAGUAGGUUCACAAGAAUUGCAGAGGAAAUGUUUGGCAUGCUAAUUACUGUCCUUUUCUUCCAAGAGGCGAUUAAAGGACUUAUAAGCGAGUUUGGCAUACCAAAGGCUGAAAAUCCAUUGUUAGAGGAAUAUCAAUUCCAAUGGCGGUAUACAAAUGGAUUACUUGCAAUCAUUUUCUCUUUUGGAGUGCUUCUCACUGCCAUGAAAAGUAGAAGAGCAAGAUCCUGGACAUAUGGCACAGGGUGGCUACGAGGUUUCAUUGCAGAUUAUGGGGUAUCAAUGAUGGUAGUGUUUUGGACUGGACUAUCUUAUACAGUACCAGGCAAAGUUCCAUCUAGUGUUCCUAGAAGGCUAAUUUGUCCACUUCCUUGGGAAUCUGCAUCUCUCUACCACUGGACAGUUGUGAAGGUACUAUUAUUAUACAAAUUGCAGGAUAUGGGGAAGGUACCUUUGGUUUAUAUCUUUGCGGCACUUAUUCCAGCUGUGAUGAUAGCUAGUUUAUACUUUUUUGAUCAUAGUGUAGCUUCUAAGAUGGCUCAACAGAAGGAAUAUAACCUUCAGAAACCACCUGCCUACCAUUACGAUAUUUUCCUACUUGGAAUAAUGACUCUAAUUUGUGGUGUUCUUGGCCUUCCUCCAUCAAAUGGAGUCCUUCCUCAAUCCCCCAUGCAUACAAAGAGUUUGGCAGUUCUUAGGAGGCAGUUGAUUCGAAAGAAGGUGAUAAAAAGUGCCAAAGAGUGCAUUAAACAACAAGGAAGUAACUCUGAAUUAUAUGGAAAAAUGCAAGCUGUGUUUAUAGAAAUGGAUACAGCGCCCACUGAAAAGGAGUUGGAGAAUUUGAAGGAGGCUGUAAUGAAAUCUAAUGAAAAAGAAGGUGAGAAGGAAAAUUUUGAUCCUGACAAACACAUAGAUGCCUAUCUACCUGUUCGGGUCAAUGAGCAAAGAAUGAGUAACUUAUUACAGUCUCUUCUGGUUGCUGUAUCAAUUUUAGCUAUCUCUGUUAUCAAAAGAAUACCUACUUCAGUUCUAUGGGGAUAUUUUGCUUACAUGGCAAUUGAUAGUCUCCCAGGAAAUCAAUUCUGGGAAAGAAUAUUGCUUCUCUUCAUCUCUCCAAACCGGCGCUACAAAAUUUUGCAAGGAUCACAUGCCUCAUUUAUAGAGUCAGUACCAUUCAAGGCCAUAGCUGCAUUCACAAUCUUACAAUUUGUGUAUUUUCUCAUAUGUUUUGGAGUAACAUGGAUACCUAUUGGAGGAAUACUAUUUCCGCUACCUUUCUUCUUACUCAUAACUAUAAGAGAGCAUUUGCUUCCAAAGCUAUUCAAGCCUAACCAUCUUCAGGAACUUGAUGCUGCUGAGUAUGAAGAAAUUGGUGGUGCUCCACAUGUUGCACAUAAUAUAUCGCUAAGGGAUAAAGAGCCAGGUGAUGGUGACAGCGAAAAGAGUUCAGAAGAUUAUUAUGAUGCAGAGAUAUUGGAUGAGAUGACAACCAACAGAGGAGAAUUAAAACUUAGAGCUGUAAGCCGAAAUAAUAGUAGAAGCCUCAGCCACAGCUUCAAUGAAGACAGGCAAAUUUAG